AUGCCUUUUAAUUCCUCCAUGUCGUUGGCCGCCUAUAACACGACGCAUAUGGAUUGUGCUAAAUGUAAGGUGAAGCGAUGUGUGUAUAUUACGGACGAAGAUCCGGCUACGUUGACGAAAUACAAGACAUGCGAUGCGUGCCGACGGAAAAACAAAGUCUACAAAAAGAACCAGAAGCUUAAAAUGCUCCACAAGCUGAGCGCCAUGGACCAGCUGCAGCGCGAGUCAAUAAUGGGGCCGACGAUCCAGGCGGAACACGAUUUGGGCCUUGUCAAGCCUGUCGAAAUGCGGCCCUCUUUCACAUCGUUCCUGGAGAAAGUGUCGCGCAACAAGCAGAGGGACGUCAUCUCCAUCAAAUACAAUUGCGAGGUUCCAGAGUUUAUUAUCCAGAGAUACGAUUCCAGCAUGAUUAUAAGCAAUCGACCGGACUAUGCCAGUGUUGACACUGUUGAGCAAAAAGUGACAAGCUACAGAGAAGAGGUGAAAAAGAAGCUAAGGCUACAUUAUUUGAGUCGGCUGUUCGACAUUUUGGAAAGCAUGGGUUACACGUUCAAGACGAGGUCGACUAACUGGAAAAAUAACAAGUUCUAUGCGCAGAUGCUAUGCCACGAAGACGUUGGUAAUAAACGUAAAGAUUUCUCGCUUCUGGUCGAUGAUGCCGACGUGCCCGAAAACUCACAAGAGCGAGACGAGAUUGAAUCGCAUGCUAACGAUAACGCCAAGUACGAUGUUGCGCAGCCAAGAAACAUCUUGCUGUACCCCUGCCAGUCGCGCCUAAAUUACUCCUUCGAUUCCACAAGUGGGCUUCUAUCGCUGGAGUAUAGCCACCUGGAUCAUGAUGGACUACCGCCCACCAACCCGCAGGAUCCGAAAUCGAUUGCUCACCCGCCUAAUUCGGCAAUCAAUAUCGCUUCGCAAUGGGUCAAACGGCUGCAACCGAAACCAAACGAAGAGCAGACAGAUAAUGCCUCCCGAAUGAAAUUACUAAUGAACCCAGAACAGGACGGCUCUGAGGACAGUGCGCAAAAGAAUGGAUCUUCCCUUGCCAACGCCUUGAACUAUUUGCAUCGCAAUAUCUCGAACAAGGAGUAA